AGUCCUGUUACUCACGUAGGUAUCAAUGUCAAUUCUCGUAAAUCAAAUGUUACUGCUGUUUGGUACUGUAACAUAACUCAUGGGAUAGAGAACGAGGCUUGGAUUAGGUAUGAUUCAAGUUCGCACAAUUUAAGCGUAGUUUUCACUGGUUCUACUAAUACUAGCAGAGUCAAAGAUACCAUCCAUUUCAAUAUUGAUCUGAGGGAUUACUUACCUGAAUGGGUAACAUUUGGGUUCUCAGCUGCAACAGGUAGCCUGUUUGAGGAAAAUACUAUAAAAUCUUGGGAAUUUAGUUCAAGCUUUCAAAGUCAUAAAAAACUCUCCCCUGGAGGUGUGGACCGUGUGGUAGGAUUGGUUGUCGGCUCGGGUGUUUUGGUUGGUGGGUUAAUUUUGGCUGGAUUUGGCUUGUGGAGGAAACGUAGAGCAAAAGAAGAGGAUGAGUCUGAAGUUGACAAGUUAAUGGAAAACGAAUUCGAGUCUGGUGCUGGGCCGAAGAAAUUUUCCUACAGUCAAUUAUCUCGAGCGACAAAUAACUUUGAGGAGGAACAAAAGCUUGGAGAGGGAGGGUUUGGUGGUGUUUAUAGAGGGUUUAUGAGCGAAUUGAAUUCUUAUAUUGCUGUCAAGAGGAUAUCUAAAAGGUCAAGACAGGGGAUAAAGGAGUAUGCAACGGAAGUGAAGAUUAUUAGCCGGUUGAGGCACAGGAAUUUGGUGCAACUCAUCGGUUGGUGCCAUGAAAAGAAAGAACUACUCCUUGUCUAUGAGUUCAUGGAAAAUGGCAGCUUGGAUUUCCAUCUCUUCAAAGAGAAAAGCUUGUUGACAUGGGGUACAAGGUACAAAAUAGCCCAAGGUUUGGCCUCAGCAUUGCUCUAUUUACACGAAGAAUGGGAGCAAUGUGUAGUGCAUAGGGACAUAAAAUCGAGCAAUGUGAUGUUGGAUUCGAACUUCAAUGCCAAGUUGGGAGAUUUUGGGCUAGCUAGAUUCGUCGAUCACGAGAAAGGGUCCCAAACAACUGUUUUGGCGGGGACCAUAGGGUACUUGGCACCGGAAUGUGUGGUAACCGGUAAAGCUAGUAAGGAAUCAGAUGUCUACAGCUUUGGAGUUGUGGCGUUGGAGAUAACUUGCGGGAGAAAACCGUUUGAUAUGAAGGUGCCAGAAUGUCAAAUGAGAAUGGUGGAAUGGGUUUGGGACCUUUAUGGAAUGGGAAGAUUACUUGAAGCAGUGGACGCAAAACUAGGCACGAAUUUUGUUGAACGAGAAUUGGAGCGAUUGAUGAUUGUUGGUCUUUGGUGUGCUCACCCAGAUCACAAUUUGCGACCUAGCAUUAGACAGGCGAUUCAUGUGCUCAGUUUUCAAGCUCCACUGCCCAUUCUCCCACCAAGACAGCCUGUGCUAUCGUUUUUUACUCCUCUAUUGAACACAACCACCACCAGUUCUGGCUGAUUAUU